AUGACAACAUCGUCUGCUUCACCUAACCACCCUUCUCACUCCCUGCGCGAGGUAUCUUCUCUUCCCUUUCCUCUCUCUCUCUCUCUCUCUCUCACUCACACACACACACACACAAACACACAUACAUACACAGUGUUCCCCUCACUAAUUUUUUUUUUCUUUUGCUUCUGACGAUCACUAGGUCAACAUGGCCGAUGAAUCUCCAGAAAGCAAGCCCGAGAUGCUGCAGCUGUCGUCCUGGUGAGGUCUCCAUCCCCUCAUGAUCUUGUUCCUCGUCACACGUGCCUCUUAAUGGAUCUGUUUUUCUUGUACGAAGUUCAAAAUUCCUACCUCUUUUACGUGAUCUCCAUGAAGGAAGAACCCACCGUGUGUAGAUGAUUUCUCAGCGCAGAUCAAAGCCCGUGAACUGUUGAAUCGAAUGGAAAUCAGGCGCCGACUGAACCCUUCAAACCGAUCGUUUGGGAAUCAGAAGGAUUUCCCCAACCAUGAACAGGAAUAUUUUUUUUCUAGAGAGGGAAUGUUGGGGGAAAAUGAGAGCGGACUGAGAAAUGAAAGUGCUCGGGAGAAACCCAAGGGUUUUUACAUUUUCUUGUAAGAGGGACAAUAGGGGAGAGAGAGAGAGAGAGAGAGAGAGAGAGAGAGAGGGAGGGAGACUCUUACAGUUUCUGUGAUCGAUUGAUCCUUUGGAGGGGUUUACAGUUUGCAGGAUCAUGAGGGUUUAUUCUUCCCCUGGGAAAGUGCACCCAAGACUCGUCUCCAGAGGGAGAAUGGGAGGGAUCUAUGCGCACCGAAGCCUGUAAAUAACUCCUAUGAAUGAAUGAAUGGCUGGAGGGUCCCGGAGGAAAAUCUUGGACCCAUUUUCCUUUCUUUCUUCCCUUCCAAGGAGAAAUCAAAAAAAUAAAAGAAGAAAACCCUGUGAUUGUUCUUGUUUCCAGUUAUUUUGGGUUGCAAAGGCAUGAUUUCAUGGGUUCCUGAAGAAAAACGUGGACCCAUUUUCCUUCUUUUUCUUCCCCUUGAAGGAGAAAUCAUCAAAAAAAUCAAAGAAGAAAACUCUGUGAUUGUUCUUGUUUCCAAUUAUUUCGGGACGCAAAAAGGCAUGUUUUCAGAAACUCUGUGAUCGAUCUUCCUCAGGGACGCAGCCGGCACAACAGAGUACAAGGACAAGUACAGCAGGUACCAAGCGGCCUACGUCAGGAGGCUCAAGGCCAAGUACUUCUCCAAGAAGGCCUUCUACGGAGGUCAGCCUCCGCCCGCCUCAAUUCUUUCUUUCCAGACACCAUUUUUUUUUGUAGAGUUUCUAGAUUCUACUCCAUACAUCACCUGAAAUUCGGCAUCCAUGGGGAUGAUCCGAGAUCAUGUUCACACGAGUUGUCACUCACCGUUCUGCGAUUGGUUGAUUUCAGGGAACAUAUUCGACCAAGAAACGAAUAUAGAUGGUGAAAUUAUAAAGUCCGGCAGGUAAUGUCUAUAUGAAAUCAUGAUGGAAUUGCUUCAAUACGGAAUCAUGAAUGUUCGCAGGCUCUCAGCUGGUGUUUUUUUUUAAGUUCAUUUCCUUCUCAUUUAUUUACGAAUGCAUACGAGAAAAAAUUAUUCAUCCUGAGGAAGUCUCAUCAAGAAAAUAAAUAAAUCAAAGACCCACUUUUAAAUCUUGGAUUUAAAAAUGGGUCUUUGAUUUUUUUUAUUUUUCAUCACGUUCAGUUCCCAUUUGAAUCGGGGAAUUGAAUCGCUUUUUUUAUUAAAAAAUAUAGUUUUUAACCAAAGAGAAGUAGAACUAUUCCACUGCCCAAGAUUCCAAUGACCUGAAGGAUCAAAUCGGAAGUGCAUCUUCUCGAGAAAAUUUUAUUUCUUGUCGAUUAUCGAUUGUUGAUUAGUCUAAGAUUCAGUGAUUUUCCUUCUUCCCCCAGGUGGCCUUGCACCAGAUCAUUCGCAGAGCCAGCGCGGUGCCUGCAAGAUGCCGGAGCCUUGCCGCCGGCAUCGGCCUCCGAGACCUCCUCCACCGGGGCAAGCAGGAAGCACCAGCAGCACCACCAAAAGAAGAGUGGCUGA